AAGAGGAUGAGGAUGAAGAAGAAGAAGAAGAGGAUGAGGAUGAAGAAGAAGAAGAAGAGGAUGAGGAUGAUGAAGAAGAAGAAGAAGAAGAAGAGGAGGAGGAAGAAGAAGAGGAUGAUGAAGAAGAAGAGGAUGAUGAUGAUGAUGAAGAUGAAGAAGAAGAAAGAUGAAAAAUAAGAGGAAUUCCAGUCCGGCAAAAAAAAGUGUCCCUGCAGAGAGCUCUGCUAUUUCUUUGACAGUUCUUUGACAGUUCCUUGACAUUUACAGCGGUUGCAACAUUGUAUCUAUUUGUUUCCGAAUAAA